CGCUUUAUUGGCGGGCGAGAGCGCCGCGUCUUGUGCGCGCUGGGCAGCAGUUGGGAGCGUUGAGCGCUGGGCAGGUUGUUCCUCUCUCUCUCUCUCUCCUUUCCUACACCCCCGCCCCUCCUCUUCCUUUUGCCCUCCUCCCUUCACUCUUUUGUUGGCGGUUCCCUUUCUCGCUGUCUCCUGGGAGGGCGGCGACAAGAGCCCGAGCCUGGCGAUGCCCGAGUUCCUGGCGGAUCCGUCCGUGCUCACCAAGGAGAAGCUGAAGAGCGAGUUGAUCGCCAACAAUGUGAGCCUGCCGGGCGGCGAGCAGCGCAAGGAUGUGUAUGUGCAGCUCUACCUUCAGCACCUCACCGCCCGCAACGCGCCCGGCGUCCCCUCUCAGCUCGACUUCUCCAGCGACGAGGAGCGGGAACCUACCCCGGUCGCCGCGAAGAACCGAGGCGCUGGCGGCGGCGUUGCCGGUUCAGUCGGCUUGGGCCGGAAAGCAACAAAGAAAACUGACAAACCAAGACCAGAAGAGCAGGAUGAUAUUGAUGUUACAGAGCUCACUAAUGAAGAACUGAAAGAUCAACUUCUGAGAUAUGGUGUGAAUCCAGGUCCUAUUGUGGCUACUACAAGAAGGCUAUAUGAGAAGAAACUACUGAAGUUGAAAGAAUCAGGUCAAGAGCUAAGUUCUUUCAUACCACCUCCAACUGUUUCUUCAUCUGCAGAAAACAACAAACAGAAUGGAAAUGAUGACUCCGAUCAAUACAGUGACAAUGAAGAAGAUCCCAAAACAGAAUUCAAACUUGAGAAGCGAGAACCUCUGAAGGGUAAUGCAAAGGCUUCAGUAACCCUCAAACAGAGAAAAAUUGCUGAACAUAACCAGAGCUAUUCUCAGGAUGGAGAUACUGAAACAUUCUGGAGAAGUGGAUCUUCAAAAAGUGGACUUCUGCAGGCAGUUUCUAGGGAAUCUGCAAGAGUAUCAAGAAGAACACCAAGGAAAAGGGUUGAAGCUACAGUACCGUUGCCUGUACAUGAUCCAGUAAUAUCAGAAAGUAUUCCCAUAGCUGAUACUGUAACAGCUUCAAGCAACAAGACCCUAGUAAAUAUAUUGAAUUUGCAAGAGCAGGUUGUCAAUAGAGUAUCUGGAAAUGUCAAGCAUGCAGAUCCUAUACUGUCAGUCAGUGACUUCUCAGAAUUGUCCAGAAGAUCAGCAAAGAAAUCAUUGAUGACAGCUGAAGUGAUGGGGAAAACCUCUACAGAGGAAAAGAGAGUGGAAAGGGAUAUUCUUAAAGAAUUGUUUCCAUAUGAAGCAUCGACACCUACAGGAAUCAGUGCUAGUUGCCGUAGACCAAUCAAGGGAGCUGCUGGUCGACCUAGAGAAGUUGGUGACUUCCGACUGGAUGAAAACUACUCAUCAAAAUAUAUCCCCAAAUAUGUUGCCUCAGGCUCAGCAGAUGUCAAACCAGAGAAGUCAACCAUUAAAAAACGUUCCAUUCCUUUGUGGAUAAAAAUCCUACUCUUCGUUGUUGUCGCAGUCUUCUUGUUUUUGGUCUAUCAGUCUAUGGAAACCAACCAAGGAAAUCCAUUCUCUCCGUUCCUUAGUAUGAGGAGUAACCCAGAGAAAACGAUUGGUUGAGUUGUUUUGUUUCGGUUUUUUUGUACGGCACACACAACUUGGUCUCCUGUUUUUAACUAUAGAGAUGUCAUCCUUCCUCAUCAGGUCAGAGACUAUAUACAGAUAACAGCAACGGAGAAAUUGAGACAUGAAAUAAGACAUUAAUUGGACAUUACUAACUUUUUUUCAGAAUUAGGAGAUCACUUUGUGCCAUAAGUAAUAUUUUUAGACCUCUCUGGAACUUCUUGUAGAAUUUAUUUUUUUAAUGUGGACAUCAUUACAUUCAUUUGAGAUUGUAUAUUUGAUUUUCAACUUGGAAGCUCAAAAAAGGGCAAAAGUGAUAGUAAAAUGUGAAGAUGUGUUUAAAUGUUUUUACUCCAUACUAAAAGGAUGCUGUACUUUGCAUAUUGUUUUUAGAGAUUGAAAGAGCUAAGAUAAUAAAGGGAAGUGCAUUUUGAUGCAUUUUACUCAAAUUGUGCAGCUAAGAUUAGUGUGUUGUGGUUUUAAUAGGAAAUCCAGAUUUUUUUCUGUAGAAUACUGUAACAUCUUAAUAAAUAAAUUGUGAACCUAUUGUAUGUAUUUCUGUAUCUGUCUCAGUUUUAGUUGUAGUAAUUCCACUUAAACUUAGUCUAUUUUAAUUAUAGUUACCUAUUUAGUGCUUAUCCUCUCUAAUUGCUUAACUUGUCCUUAGGAAAAAAAUAUUUAUUAGUAAAAUUGUGUGAAGUAAACCUUACAUCAAACAAGUUUAAUUACUUUUUUAUAGAAUUAUUAAAAUGUUGGAUCAUAAUUAACUUGCAAGCUUCUAAUCUUACUAGGAAAGGGUUAUGUUCUUAAGCAAAACCUACUCUUUUCACAUAACUAAACUGAAUGUCAUGUUUAAAUUUCAUUUUCUCUCCAGUGGCAUUUUGUUUUAAGCGCCAUCAGUGUUCAUAUUCUAAAACAUCUCUUUUGUGUGGUAUAUUAAAGGGGCAUUUAUUACAUUUCAUGUGAUAAAACAAAAGUUAACAAGUGCUGCUAUUUUUAGUCUGCAUAAUUUGUUCUUGGUUGCAUUUUCCAAUCAAAUAAUUUUAGUUUAUCUCUUAAGUGUGGUUUAUUACAUAUAAAGUGAAUGUAUAAAUUUUCAGCACACAUGGGUUCUUGGUAUUACUGCAUAUUCCAUACAAAAUUGCAAUAAAGAUUUUUAACCAUAAUUUCUAGUCUCAUCGGAAGUUGGUAUUGAUGCCAUAAUGUAUUUUGUAAUGCUAUUUCUUCUGCCUUAAACUAUAGCAGCCUAACACUAUGCAGAAUUAUGUACACAUACAACACACUCUAAACAUGUUUCUGAGAAGUCUCAUUUGUAUUCUGUUUACUUCCAGUGAAAUGAGUACCUAUUAAAUCUAUAUACCACAA